AUGUCGACCCUCCUGCACUGCUUAUCAAGCUCGUCCCUCACUUUACUCCAGCGAGGGGUCCGUCAAAAGAUACCAUCAAGGCGGAAUUUCAGGACCUUCCCUGCGUUGUGGGACCAGAAGGCCAACAAAGGUGUGCUUUACAAGGAGCUGGUAGUAGGCGUUCCCAAGGAGACCUUCCAGAACGAGCGGCGUGUGGCGUUGUCUCCUGCCGGGGUGCAGGCGCUGGUCAAGCAAGGUUUCAGUGUGAAGGUGGAGAGCGGAGCUGGCGAGGACUCAAAGUUCUCUGACCAGCAAUAUAAAGAUGCAGGCGCUAGCAUCACUGAUGUCAAGGGAGCCCUUGGAUCCGACCUGGUCCUCAAGGUCCGUGCACCGAGUCUGAGCGAGGCAGACCUUCUGAAACCGAUGUCCACCCUGGUCAGCUUCAUCUAUCCAGCUCAGAAUUCAGAGUUAAUGAAGAAGCUAUCUGAGAGGAAGAGCACUGUGUUGGCCAUGGAUCAAGUGCCGAGAGUCACCAUCGCGCAAGGCUACGACGCACUCAGCUCUAUGGCAAACAUCGCCGGAUACAAGGCUGUAGUUUUGGCAGCUAACCACUUUGGUAGAUUCUUUACUGGUCAAAUCACAGCAGCAGGAAAAGUACCUCCGGCUAAGGUUCUGGUAAUUGGAGGAGGUGUCGCUGGUUUAGCAGCCGCGGGGGCGGCCAAAUCAAUGGGAGCCAUCGUGAGAGGAUUUGAUACGAGACCUGCCGCUCUAGAACAGUUCAAGUCGUUUGGGGCAGAGCCCCUAGAAGUGGACGUCAAAGAGUCUGGCGAUGGGGUGGGAGGUUAUGCCAAAGAGAUGUCAAAGGAGUUCAUUGACGCGGAGAUGGCCCUGUUCGCCAAGCAGUGUAAAGAAGUCGACAUCGUCAUCAGCACUGCUCUGAUCCCAGGAAAGCGGGCACCCAUUCUAAUCAAGAAGGAAUUUGUGGAGUCCAUGAAGGACGGUUCUGUGGUGGUGGAUCUGGCUGCAGAGGCAGGGGGGAACAUUGAGACCACCAGGCCUGGCGAACUUCACAUUCAUAAGAACGUGACCCACAUUGGCUACACAGACCUGCCAAGCCGCAUGGCCACCCAAGCCAGCACCCUCUACUCCAACAACGUACUGAAGCUGCUGAAGGCCAUCAGCCCCGACAAGGAGUACUUCCACUAUGAGCCCAAAGAAGAUUUCGAUUACGGAACAAUGGACCAUGUCAUCCGCGGGACGCUUGUGAUGAAGGAUGGACACAAUAUGUUCCCGGCGCCCCUACCCAAGACGGCUCCCCCACAACCAGUCAAACAGAAAUCUGUGGCGGAGUUGGAAGCUGAGAAAGUGGCUGCAGUUUCUCCUUUCAAACGCACAAUGACGAAUGCUGGAGUCUACACAACAGGACUGUCCACCUGUCUAGCUCUGGGCCUCAUCUCCCCCAACGCUGCGUUCACGCAGAUGGUGACGACUUUCGGCCUGGCGGGAAUCGUGGGGUACCACACGGUGUGGGGCGUGACCCCUGCACUGCACUCGCCUUUAAUGUCUGUCACAAACGCCAUCUCAGGUCUUACUGCAGUGGGCGGUCUUGUUCUGAUGGGAGGGGGACUCACGCCGUCUUCCCUGCCUGAGAGUCUCGCCCUAGCUGCUGCUUUCAUUUCCUCCAUCAACAUUGCUGGUGGUUUCCUCAUCACCCAGCGAAUGUUGGACAUGUUCAAGCGUCCCACUGACCCCCCCGAGUACAACUACUUGUACAUUUUACCUGGGGCUGCAUUUGUUGGUGGAUAUGGUGCAUCUGUGGCCGCUGGCUAUAACAUUGAACAGAUGAUGUACUUGGGGUCCGGCUUGUGCUGCGUCGGUGCGCUGGCGGGCCUUUCCGCUCAGGGCACCAGUCGCCUUGGAAACGCGCUGGGCAUGAUGGGAGUUGCAGGAGGCAUCGCUGCCACCCUAGGCGCACUCAAGCCUACCCCAGAGCUGCUGUCACAGAUGUCAUUGGCAAUGGCCACAGGAGGGACUCUGGGUUUGACCAUCGCCAAGCGGAUCGAAAUCUCUGACCUGCCUCAGUUGGUGGCGGCGUUCCACAGCCUGGUGGGCCUGGCUGCGGUUCUGACCUGUGUUGCCGAGUACAUGAUCGAGUUUCCCCACCUGGACGCUCACCCAGCCGCCGGCGUGCUCAAGACUGUUGCCUACUUGGGCACGUACAUUGGAGGUGUCACCUUCAGUGGCUCGCUAGUUGCUUAUGGCAAGCUGCAAGGGAUCCUGAACUCUGCGCCUCUCCUGUUGCCCGGACGUCACAUGUUAAAUGCCGGUCUUAUGGCGGCGUCAAUGGGAGGCAUGGUGCCCUUCAUGCUUAGCUCCAGCUAUGCCACUGGAAUGGGAUGUCUACUAGGAGUUUCGGGGCUGUCCACUGUAAUGGGUGUGACUUUGACAGCAGCCAUUGGAGGCGCAGACAUGCCAGUUGUCAUCACUGUGUUGAACAGCUACUCAGGUUGGGCACUGUGCGCUGAAGGAUUCCUCCUUGACAACAACCUCAUGACCAUUGUUGGCGCUUUGAUCGGCUCCUCUGGUGCCAUCCUGUCUUAUAUCAUGUGUGUGGCGAUGAACCGUUCCCUCCCGAAUGUGAUCCUGGGUGGCUACGGCACCACCUCCACAGCGGGUGGCAAACCCAUGGAGAUUGUUGGCACCCACACGGAGGUUAACGUGGACCAGACCAUCGACAUAAUCAAGGAAGCCAACAGCAUCAUCAUCACGCCAGGUUGGGGCUUGUGUGCAGCAAAAGCUCAAUAUCCAAUUGCAGACAUGGUGAAGAUGUUGAAGGAACAAGGCAAAACUGUCAGGUUUGGUAUCCAUCCAGUGGCUGGUCGUAUGCCAGGCCAGCUGAACGUACUUUUGGCAGAGGCCGGUGUACCGUAUGACGUGGUCUUGGAGAUGGAUGAGAUCAAUGAAGACUUUCCAGAAACAGACCUGACGCUCGUCAUUGGUGCCAAUGACACUGUGAAUUCUGCUGCUCAAGAAGACCCUAACUCUAUAAUUGCUGGCAUGCCUGUCCUGGAGGUGUGGAAGUCCAAACAGGUGAUCGUGAUGAAGCGAACUUUGGGUGUGGGCUACGCCGCAGUAGAUAACCCCAUUUUCUACAAGGCCAACACAUCCAUGUUGCUGGGAGAUGCCAAAAAGACAUGCGACAGCCUCCAAGGAAAGAUUAGGGAGGCCUACUACUAG